AAGGCGCUUGUUGGAGGAGUUGGGAGUUGGUCAGGAGGAGCCGACAGUUGUGUUCUGUGACAAUGAGUCUGCAGUGAAGCUGGCCAAGAAUGCUUGUCUGCAUGGGCUGACAAAACACAUAAGGCCAAAGUGGCAUUGGGUGAGGAGACUCCUUGAUAAGGAGGUGCAGCUGGAGAUAGUGAAGACCCAUCAGCAGGCAGCAGAUAUUUUCACUAAGCGUGUGGCGGAGGCGGAUCAUUGGAAGGGCAUGAAGCUUGCUGGAUGAGUGUGCAUUGAGUAUGCAUGCUUGAGAUGUGGCAUGAUGGAUGAUGGUUGGCAGCCAGAGGGGGAGAUUGUUGUGUGAUGUCAUCAUAUGCUAUCACAUUCUGU